AUGACCAUGCCUAUACAAGUUCAGACAAAAUUACAAUUAGAGUGAAAGCUUUCACUAUAUAUAUAAACAAAUAGAGCAAUAACCCUCAGAACCAACUUGCACACUUUCCUCUUUACUCAUUGAAAGAGAAUCACACAUGGAAAGAGUCAGAGAAAAGAAACAGGUAUGACAAUGCACUCAUCCAAAGUUUUCAGAAAGUCAGAUAACACACUAAGAAAAUACUCCCCUCUUACCUGAUCUUAGCUGUUCUCUCUGAUCCAUUACCCAAAAUCUCAUACCAAACGCCCAUAAUUCUGGAUCAGAUCCAUGCAUUAGUUGAUUCUGAUCGUUGAUUUGAGAUCGAUAAGCUCCUACUCCCUCCAAGUUAUCUUAAACUAUUUUUUUACCAUUGAUUUGAGAUCAAACUGAAAUUAAUAAUUGUGUUAGUCUGCGUUGAAUCCAAAUCCCAUAAUUCUUUUGUCCCCGCCCGGGCUUGUCUUCAAAUCAAAACCCAAUACUCAAACAUAAAGAGAUGAAGAUCCAGUGUGAUGCAUGUCAGAAACAAGAGGCUUCGUUGUUCUGCCCUGCAGAUGAAGCAGCUAUCUGUAAUCACUGUGAUCAUACAAUCCACCAUGCCAACAAGCUCUCUGCUAAACACAAACGUUUCUCUCUUCACCACCCCACUUCCAAAGACAUCCCUCUCUGUGAUAUCUGCAAGGAGAGACGUGCAUAUCUAUUUUGCAAAGAAGACAGGGCAAUACUUUGCAGAGAAUGUGACAUUCCUAUCCAUAGAGACACUGAACUUACCAAGAAACAUAACAGAUUUCUUCUCGCAGGCGUGAAGAUCGGUGCUGCUGCUUCUUCUUCAGAUCCAACAACUUCGAAUGGCUCAGAAGUAAGAACCUCGCUUUCAAGAGAAUCGCGACCAAGUUCAUUUUCAAGUGAAAAUAACCGUUGUUCUCGCACUUUCAAAGACAACAUGGCUUGUGACACAGUUUCAACAAGUAGCAUUUCUGAAUACUUGAUUGAAUCAAUUCCUGGUUACUGCAUGGAAGACCUUUUUGAUGCUUCUUUUGCACCUAGUGUUUACUGUAAGGAUUAUCAACAAAACCAAGAUCAUCAAGUUAUAAGCAUGUGUGACUCGGUACCACAAUAUGAAGUUAGAUCCCCUCAGCUUAGCCUUAGUGCUAAUUCGAACGUUCCACAGAUUGAUUCUUUAGAUGGGGUUAUGGAAAUGCCAGUAACAAAAGCUGUCGAAGGAUAUUCGAGUUGGAGAUACAAUGUACUUUUGGAUCGGUAGUGAAUUUGAAAAAAUCACAAUUACACUGAUUUUGUUAAAACAUCAAAGUAUAGUUUUUGCCAAAAUCUCAGUGGGUCAUUGUAAUUUUGUCGAUCUCACUGCAAAUCCAUUUAUGCAUGUAGUGGUUACAAAGUUCCUUCAAUGAGUCCUCCAUACAUCAAACAAUGUAGCGGCUCUCGUUAAUCAACGUUUUGUAAAAAUCUGUUAGAAAAAUUAUUUGUUUUCUGCGUUAGUUUACAAUUUUAUAAGUAUCUUCUCAAAAUUUGUAUUAAAGUUCAUUUUUAGAUUUGAUUUGCUUCCAGCAAUUUAUACAAUAAGAUGCAA